AUGAAUAGUACUAAUCGAUAUUCGACGUCAGUUAUCAUUUAUCUAUGUUUAUACUUUAAAAAAAAAAAGGCUUCAACAACAUUGUUUCAUCUCGAUCAACGAGUAUCCAUUGCUGGCAAAGGUUUAGGAACUAUUGCAUUUAUUGGAAAAACAGAAUUUGCUGAUGAUAGAACAUUUCUACGAUAUUUUACAUGUAAUGAUAAUCAUGGUCUAUAUGUACGACCUGGACACAUUGAAUCUGUAAUUAGUAAUUUACAAUCAAAUCUAACUCGAUCAUCUUCAAAUCAUUCAAUACAAUCUGAAGGUAGUACAGGAAGUAUUCCACCGUCAUCAACUUCAACAAUUCCAAGAACAAGUGCUGUACCAACAAAACAAAGAGGACUUCGUGCACCAACAUUAGGUACAACUACUAAACUUCUAGGAUCUGAUGGUGAUAUUGAUCAAACAGAUAAAAAAAAACGUCGUGAUGAUUUUGAAAAACUUAAAGAAUUUGAACGUACAAAACUUCAACUUGAUCAAUUACAAACAUAUAAACGUGAAACACAAGAACGUAUUAAAGAAUUAAAUGAUAAAUUACAACAAUAA